AUGCGGUUCCGUACACUUCAGCGAUUUUGUUCUUACCUCACCGACAGGGGGGAGGAGCAUCAAAUUGCCCAAAUACCUCAGGCCAACGGUGUUGAUGGUUUUUCGAAGUCGAUAGGUCCCCGCGAAGUGGAUCGAAUCCAAUCCUCUUCCUGGUUAAUGAUGAUGUAUUGCGAAGUUGAUCAGGGACAAUCCCCAAGCAGUGAUGUUAUUACGGAAGCUGUUUGGAUCCUUUUCUCCGAUUCGUGUAUGAUUGGUAUUGACGAAGCGGAUCGAGUCAUCCUCUUCUGGUUAAUGAUGAUGUAUUGCGAGUUGAUUCAGGCCAAUUUCAAUGAGCCCAAACCCGUUCCAUUUUGCUUACGUUUUUUCCCUUCGAAAUCUGAGGCCAUUCAUUUUGAAGCUUCUGCUCUCUCUCUCUCUCUCUCUCUCUCGAUGGCUGAUUCCCAAACCAAACGAACCUUAAUUUUCACCUAUGGAACUCUCAAACAGAAUUUUCCAAAUUACAGCCUCAUCCAAGACUUGAUCCUCCAGAACGACGCAGCCUAUCUCGGCACCUACAUUACACACCGCCCCUAUCCGCUCGUUAUUGGGCCCCACGGGAUCCCAUACUUGAUUAACCUCCCGAGCAGCGACGGCAGCUACCGUGUCAAGGGCGAACUCUACUCCGUGUCGAUCAAGGGGCUCGCCCUAUUGGACGAGUUAGAAGGGACGAGAACUGGUCACUACGAGAGGCUUCCGAUUCAGGUAACAAAGGCAGAAAGGGAAGGAGAAGGAAACGCUGUCGUUUUGGUGGAGGCAGAAGCGUAUUAUGCACAUAAGAAAUUUGGGGAGAGGCUCUGGGUUAGGAAAGGGAAAGUUGGGUUAAAUGAGUAUACAGACGCAAAUAGUAAAGAGUACGUCAGAAAGGAAAAUAGGCCUGAUGGUGUUAGCUUCCUUGACGCUAUAGAAUUGUUUCUGUCUAAUUCUUGAAUUUGAAAUUAAACGGGGUCGUUCCUCAUUGGAUGAUUACAACAAUAAUGCAAUAAGAACGAGGGAAGGUUUCAGAAUUCAGAUGCUGUUAUGUUGUUCCUUUUCAUUUAUGUAAUAAUGAAGAACUAAUUUCAUAAUUUUAGUUGUCUAUGAGGUUCAGCGCCAGCAUAAAUUAGGAUACUUGAGUUUGGAUAAAUUGUGUCCAUAUAUAUAGCUAUCAACCCCCAUGUUGUUGUAACUAUUUAUAAAUGUUUGCUCAAUUUUUAUAUUUUGAAUUCCUUUUAA